UCGACAGCGGUUGUCUCAUUCAUACAAUUCAGCAGGUUGUCUGUCACUGGGCGGUGGAAACAGUUACGUACUUUGACUUGUGUCUUUUGUGACUAUAUUUCUCUUAAGUGGGAUAAACAUUAAAAUUACAACGGCUUUUGUAACGGUAGCUUUGUGAAUUUCAACGGUCGUAGUCGGCAACAAUAGCAGGGACACAGCAUCAGCUAGCUAAUAGUAGCUGUUACUAGCUAUCUGUGAUAAAACUGAAUAAACGCGAUUGAUGUUUCUCAUCUUUUGACAUCACCGUUAUUUCACCGUUAUAGACUGUGGCGAAAAUGGCGAGGCGGAGGAUCACACAGGAAACCUUCGAUGCUGCUGUGAGGGAGAACAUGGAGGAGUUUGAGAUGGAUCCUGAUGAGGCGUUGAGGGAGGCUGUGGAGCAGUUUGAGUCUCAAGGUGUGGACCUCAGCUGCAUUGUAAAAGCUGUACCAGCUGUAUCAACUGAUGACAAACAAGAGGAGCAAACACAUGAGGUCUUACAGGCUUUGGACUCCCUGCGCAUUGGACAAGACUCUGCAGGUGUUAAGGAUGUGACUGCAGAUAUAAAGCGCUUCACUGAGCACUGCUCACUUGGAUUUGCCCAGAGGUACCUGGCUGCCCAGAAAGACGCCUACCCUGUCAUCCUCUCUUACUGCAAAAAGAGCAUGGAGGAGCAGGAAUCUGUGUUGACCGCCCUGUCCGCCCUGGCUGCACUCACAGAUGGACAGCCAGACUUGUUGGAUGCAGAGGGCCAGCAGUUCCUUCUAAAUGUCCUUAAUAAGUACAAGGCAGAUUCCUCUGUGACACGUGUAGCCAUCUGCGUUAUGCGUCACUGCUGUUUGAAACAUGAACAGAACAGGCAGGAUUUGGUAAAAGGUGGCGUCCUGCCUCUGCUGACCGGUGCCAUAACACAACACAGUGGAUGUGCUGAGUUGGUCAAGGAAGGCUCUGCAGCUCUCAGGGUCAUGACCUUUGACGAUGAUGUCCGAGUUACAUUUGGGCAUGCUCAUGAACAUGCCAAGAUGAUUGUUCUUGAGCACAAUGGACUGAAAGUUUUAAUUAAGGCUGCGCAAGCUCACCUUGAUAAUACUUCUGUUCUGAGUGAGCUGUGUGCAACGUUGUCCCGUCUGGCUGUGAGGAACGAGUUCUGUCAAGACAUCUGUGAUCUGGGAGGACUGAAACUCAUGAUGACACUGCUUGCAGACAGCUAUGAGACAGCGGAUUUGGUCCGGCAGGUCCUCAGUGCAAUUCGAGCCAUAGCAGGAAAUGAUGAUGUGAAAGAUGCAGUUGUUAAUGCUGGUGGAGUACAGCUCAUUGUCAUCGCCAUGAACAGACACAUGGGCAACUCUGCUGUGUGUGAGCAGGGCUGUGCAUGCCUCUCUGUCCUUGCUUUACGUAAACCCAACAACUGCAAAGUCAUCAUGGAAAAUGGAGGUGCUCUGGCCGCGGUGCAGGCUAUGAAAGCACAUAGUGAUUCGGUCAAUGUGCAGAAACAAGCUUGUAUGCUGAUGAGAAACCUGGUUGCACGUAUGCGUAACUUAAGCCAACCAAUCCUGGACAUGGGCGCAGAGGCCCUGAUAAACCAGGCACUGCAGACCCAUCAAGACUGUGGUGAUUUGGGUAAAGCAGCCCUCAGAGAUCUGGGAUGCAAGGUGGAGCUCCGAGAGCUGUGGACAGGCAAACAUGGCAGCCUCACCCGCUGAAAAUAGAGCGGAGCAUUGCUGUACACCCUUACUGUGAUUUCGCCUGAAAUGCAGUUCUAGGCAAGAUGAUAUGUUAUGCUGGUAUACAUAGCCAAGAGUUUAAGCAGAUCCACAUAACGCCUUUGAAAGGUUGAAUAUGUUUUCCAGUUCUUUUUUUCUGGUUUUGACAAGUAUGAAAGGUCAUUGUAGUCCUGUUGUACAUUUUGUUGCUAUCGAUAUUUUCUUUCGCAAAUUUUCUGAUGACCGAUUUUAUACCUGUACCACGUUAAUAUUAAAGGAGCAUUGUGUAAGAUUUAGGGGGAUUAGUGGGAUCUAACAGUGAGGAUUGCAGAUUGCAACUAGCUGAAUCUUCUUACAUGCGCCAAGUAUAAACUCCAGGUUAGAGUUCCCUCCGUGUUCAUUGUUCAGGAGGUUUUUACAGGUUGCUGUUUUAUCUACAGAGGUCUCUUCCUCUCCAAAACAAACAGACCAGGUGAUUAAAACCAGUAAAAACACUGAAUAAAGCAGUUUCACAUAACAAAUCAGUGUUACUCCAACGCUGUCUGGCUCUUCACUGACAGGCCACUAGCCCAGCACCUGCCAAAACAUGAAUGACUCUAUCAGAGCCAUUGUUUGGUUAGUCUGUUCUGGGCUACUGUUGAAAUAUGGUGGUGCAACAUGGUGGACUCCGUUGACAAGGACCAUGAAUAUAAUAAGAGACCUGGAUACAGCAUUGGAGGCGGGGCCUGUUUGUUCCAACGAAAAUUGCUCAGUGGCGCAUGAAGCCAUAAAAGCUCAAUAUCUGUGGUAUUAAAUUGCCUGGACAAUGGGCGCUGCUUUCGCAUCAUUGGGCCCACAGAGCAAAUACACUAGAGACCUCCACCAGCCGAGCCAGCUUCUUCUGGUUUAGUGCUCCUCUAACUUGAACGAGGAUAAAAUGAUUUAAUCUUGUGCCUCCUCUAGACUUUUGCAAUGUUAUCAGACUGAAUGCAUUAAAUUCUGAUUGUGAAAAGAGUCAUUUCACUGAGGUUCUGAUGCUCAGAAACAUGUAUCCACUGAUUGACAGAAGUCUCUCUCCUAUUGUAAGUCUAUGGUAAAGUCUUUUUGGGCUCAAUGGCAUCACAUGACAGACCCUGGAAAUUGUGGUAUCACAAAAUUGGCUUCAAAGCCUGGCUCACUUUCUGAGCAAGCGCUAGGCUUUGAAGCCAAUUUUACAUAGUGGCCAAAAGUGCGAAAGUGGAAUUACAGCGACCAAGUCCUUAAAAUACUUUUCCCCAUAGACUUACGUUGGGAAAGAGAUGUCUGUAAAUCAGUGGGUGCAUUUUUGUAAGUGUCACAACCCCUGCAGAAUGACUUGUUCCACAACUGAUAUUUAAGCCAUUCAGUCCAGUAACACUUGUUAAGUCUAGAAGAGCCGGAAGAUUAAAUAAUUUUGUCCCCAUUAAAGUCAGCAGAGUGCUAAACUAGAUGUCAGCCACUCGGCUAUACUUGGUGGAUGUAAGUGUCUGGUGCCCUUACUCUAUGGGCCCCACAAUGCAGAAGAUCCAGGUACUUUCAUACCACGAUUGAGCUUUUUGGAUUGAUGUGCCACUGAGCAACAUCUACAGGAAUGAACAGGCUCCUUGUGCAGAUAUAAACGCUCAUUCUAAGAUAACAAAAACACUCCGGUUCUUAUUUUCAGCCCCUAUAGCCCCCUAAAUCCUACUCACUGGACUUUUAAUAAAAUGUUGGAUUUAAUUUCUGUUCUUGGUGCCAUUGGUCAACAUUAAGUAUUUGCUGCUAUGCAAAUAGUUUUAACUGCACUGUUUUAUGCAAUUUUUUUAGUAUUGAAUGCCUUAUACUUUCACUAGCGCUAAUCAAGUCCUUUUUUAAAAACAAAAAAAUAGUCUGUUAGCACAUUAUUACAGUGUAAAGCUGACAUCUCUGAUACUAAGACCUACCACUGACACAUUACAGUGUGUAUUCUGCAUGAUUGUGAUAAACUCACUG